AUGGAGGGCUCUGCAGAUGAUCUCGGAGCCCCUGAGUCAUGGGAGGUCGCCGAUUUGGACGAGUCCAUGAACCGUUUGAACCUCAUGCUCUCUUCCAGCAAGGAUUCCAACCACUCUCACCAACGUCUCUCCGAUGAUGACGCUCCACCGCCGCCUCCUCCUCCGUUCCCUUCGUCCAGUGGUGUUAAGGUUUCCGAUGACGUCGUCAAUCAGGUCGAUCAAUUCCUUCGCGAAGCCAUUCAGAACCCUCGCGAACGGCUCUCAAUCUUGAGGAUGGAGCAAGAUGUUGAAAACUUUAUUCGCGAUCCUACUCAACAGCAGCUUGAAUUUAAGCAGCUUCCAACAUCCUAUUUGAGGCUGGCUGCACAUCGGGUGGCUCAGCACUACUCAUUGCAGUCAAUGGUUUUACUGGAUAAUAGUUUACCAGAUGGUUCUGGGUCAAGAAUUAUUGUUCGCAAAACCUCUGAAUGUAAGCUUCCAGUUAUCCGCCUUGCAGACAUCCCUGUGAAAUUAUCAUCAGAAAACAGUGCUGUCAUGAAGGUGGCAAUCAAACAGAGGCCGCAGAAGCGGACCCAGAUACUUAGCAAUGCAAAUUCAAACUCAGUGAAGAAUAGUAACUCUAAAAGUGUGGAAGAGAGAAAAGAGGAAUAUAAUAGAGCUCGUGCUAGGAUUUUUAGUUCAAGCAAUAAUUGUGGAACUGUAGUUGCGAAGCCAGAGUGUGAGUCAAGACAGCAGGAUAACUUGUUGCAUGUUUCUGUGGGGGUUCCUCGUGUUGAAGAUAAAUCAGCUUCGGUGUCUGAUGUCACUUCUGGUAGGGGGCUGGUUGAGUCUUCAACUAAUACCAAUAGGCCUAGAAGUAGGACAGAGAAGGAGCCAGUUGGUAGGUACAGGCAAAAUAAUAGGGUGGCUAUAUUUCGAGACCGUGAGGUUGACCGCAAAGAUCCUGAUUAUGAUAGGAGCUAUGAUAGGUAUAUGCAAAGAUUUGAUCCUGGUUUUGGGUUCAGUGGAGGAUCAUAUGCCAUACAGCCAAUGUAUACAGCAGUAUUGAAUUACAACACCGAGUUUCCACAGCUUGGAUCCACUCAUAGACCCCAGCUUUCAGCUGAACACCAACCAAGACCUCUUCCACAGCAUAUACCUGGGCCAUGGGCUGCACAAUCAACACCUGCUGGAAUUGGAUAUGGACAUCCUGAGACCAUGAUGCCACCAUUUAAUCCUAAUCAAGUUGGUGCACACUCCACAUCAGCCAUGUAUCUGCAUUCAUCUCAGUAUCCCUGUCAGCGCCCUGGAAUGCCAUUUAUCCAUCAUGAACAUAUUCACCAACCCUUUGCACAGUCUCAUCAGCCCCCACCUGAUGCAAGUUUUGGAUUGGCCCGGCCCCGAUCAUCCCACCAGCAUAUCCCUCCAAUCUCAGCUUUGCAAGGAUGCUUCCUGCAUCUUCUACCAGUCCGUGACUGUGUCCCUUGUAGACAACUGAAAUUUUUGAGGAGCUUUAAGAGCAUAUCUACUGUUGAUCAUGAGGACUUCCUCUUUGGAAACGGACCCCAAAAAACUUUGUUCUUGACUUGGAUGAAGCUCCCUCAACAAGCUUUAGGGGUUUCAGUUAAAGAGAUGAGUACGUCAUCUGCCUUGAGGUUGCAGCAACUUUUGAUGCUCUGA